GAAGAGUGUGAGAGAGUAGAGCUUCAAGGAUUUUUAAUACUCCCCUUUUUAGCUUGGCAAAGACGAAAACCCAAUUAUUCUCCGAUCCAAUCACGCAUCGAACGACGACGUAUCAAUGGCGACGGCGGCGAUAGGCGUUCGGCAGGUCGAUGAACCAAAGCCGAACCACCAACAAGGCGCUGCUUCCGGCGGCGAGGGCCUCCGCCAGUAUUAUCAGCAGAGUAUUCAGGAUUUGCAGCUGUCGGUACGCCAGAAAGAUCACGAUCUCCAGCGCCUCGAAGCUCAGCGCAAUGACCUUAAUGCUCGAGUGAGAUCAUUAAAGGAAGAGUUGCAGCUUCUUCAGGAGCCUGGAUCGUAUGUUGGUGAAGUUGUCAAAGUUAUGGGAAAAUCAAAGGUCCUUGUUAAGGUCCAUCCCGAGGGCAAGUAUGUAGUUGACAUUGACAAGAGCAUCGAUAUCACUAAGAUUACACCUUCAACAAGGGUUGCUCUACGUAAUGAUAGCUAUGUGCUCCACUUGGUCCUGCCUAGUAAAGUUGAUCCGUUGGUGAACCUAAUGAAAGUUGAGAAAGUUCCAGAUUCCACUUAUGACAUGAUUGGUGGUCUUGACCAGCAAAUUAAAGAGAUAAAAGAGGUGAUUGAGCUUCCAAUCAAGCACCCAGAAUUGUUUGAAAGUCUAGGAAUAGCCCAACCAAAGGGAGUGUUGCUAUAUGGUCCUCCUGGAACUGGCAAGACGCUGCUGGCAAGGGCAGUGGCUCACCAUACUGACUGCACUUUCAUCCGAGUUUCGGGCUCUGAGCUAGUUCAGAAGUACAUUGGUGAAGGAUCUAGGAUGGUUAGAGAACUCUUCGUCAUGGCCAGAGAGCAUGCUCCAUCCAUCAUCUUCAUGGAUGAAAUUGAUAGCAUUGGAUCUGCUCGUAUGGAAUCUGGAAGUGGAAAUGGGGAUAGUGAGGUUCAGCGAACUAUGUUGGAGCUUCUUAAUCAACUUGAUGGCUUUGAAGCCUCUAACAAGAUAAAAGUACUGAUGGCUACCAAUAGAAUUGACAUUCUGGACCAAGCUCUUCUUAGGCCUGGAAGAAUUGAUAGGAAGAUUGAGUUCCCAAAUCCCAAUGAAGAGUCCCGGUGUGAUAUCUUGAAGAUUCAUUCAAGGAAAAUGAAUUUAAUGCGAGGAAUUGAUCUAAAGAAGAUCGCCGAGAAGAUGAAUGGAGCAUCUGGUGCAGAACUUAAGGUAUGCCUCGGUGUUUUGGUUACAUUAGAGCUUUACCCCUUUGAAUGAAUGAAUCAUGUAGAA